AUGAGUCAUAACGACAAUUUCUCGUCAUCAGCUUCAUCAUCGCUGAACCGAGAGGAUGAUGAGACUCUUUCUUUGGAAAAUAGAGAUCGUUCAAAUACACUCAUCAACAGACCAUACCACAAUUUUAAACAACAACCAGAAGAAGAAGAAAUUAUUUUAGAAGAACAAGCAACGUCGGGAACAACACAUCGAGCAGAAUCUGAAGAAUCAAAUAAUGACAACAACAAUAUCUCACCCACUGAUCCAUCACACAGCCAUACAGAGAAUAGAAGGCAACAAUUAUUUUCAUAUUUAUGGAAAUUAUGGGAAAUUACAUAUACAAUUAUUCCUCUCGGAAUACUUAGUUUCGGAGGCCCAAUGGCUCAUAUUGCUUUAUUACAAGACAAUUUUGUUACUAAACGACAAUGGCUCACAGCAGAAAAAUUUGCUGAAUUAUUUGCAGUUUGUCAAUCAUUACCUGGCCCAACCAGUACGCAGCUAGUUCUUACCAUUGGAACCAUGCAUGCUGGUUAUUUAGGAGGUUUACUUGCUUUUCUUUUCUUUUCAAUUCCAACAGCAAUUGUUAUGGCUGCAGCUGGAAUUAUGUUAAAAGAUGAAAAAGUAACAGAAAGAUUUCCCUAUUAUCUGACAGUGGCAUUGAAUGGAUUUUCAUGUUCUGCAGUGGCAAUUGUCGCUCAUGCUGCAUAUACAUUGUCUAGUAGACUGACAAAAGAUGUUUCUUCAAAAACCUUAUUAAUUGGAGCUUUUGCCACAUUUAUGAUUUGGCAAAAAUGGUGGGUCGUACUUAUUGUCAUGAUAUGCGGCGGAACUAUUAAUUUAAUUAUUGAUUAUUCCUUUAUUUAUUACCAAGCAACGGUUAAGGAGUAUGGUCUGACAAAGCCAAAAGGAAUUUUUUCCUCAGUUAAAUUCUAUGGAACAAUUGUCAAAAUCAAUCUCAAGAAAUUCAAAACAUUUUUGAGUCAUCUUUUCAACAAACUUAGAAGAAGACAAACAGCUCCAACACGAAUUAGCUCUGGGAAUUUGGAUGACGCUGAUGCUCCACAGCUCUUAGACGAACAUGCAGCUGAUCAAGAUUUGGAAUUAAACUCUCCCAAUGAAGAUGAUGAUGAAAAUUCAAAGAAAGAACACGAAACAAUAUCCACCAACGUUGACACAUUGCAUCCAAGUAGCAAUCAAAAAGUUCCUCUUCACAUGAGACCUUUUAUGAGUUUUAUUUUUAUUGGAUUGUUUGUAAUCAUACUUUUAGGAUUGAUGAUAGCUCGACUGAUUGUAAAAUGGGCACCUUUGGAAUGGGCAGAAGGUUUUUAUAGAAUAGGUUGUCUGAUUUUUGGAGGAGGACAUGUUGUUUUACCAAUGAUAUUGAAUGAGUUUUCAGAAUUAGGCUAUCUUACUGAGGAUGCUUUUGUGAAUGGUUUUGCCUUACAAAGUGCAUUACCAGGACCAAUGUUCAAUUUCUCUGCAUAUGUAGGUGGGAUCAUGGGUGGUGUGGCUGGAGCUAUUAUUUGCUGGGUAGCACUUUUUCUGCCUGCCAUUUUGGUGGUGUUGGGAGCACUUCCUGUAUGGAACAAGUAUAGAGAAAGGCAAUUCGUACAGAGCUUGCUGAAAGGUGUCAAUGCUACCUCUGUUGGAUUUGUUUUUACAGCAGUUUAUAUCUUGUGGUUGGCUAGCGUACCCAAUCUUCAUGUGGCGAGUGCUUGUUCGGUCGUGUUCAGCAUUCUCUUCCUCAGCGUUUGGGAUCUUCCAGCCCCACUUGUAAUUUUGAUGGGAGGAGCAGUGAGAAUUGCUCUCGACGGAUUUGUUCCAAAAAAUUAA